AUGCGGCACGGAAGACGAGUCAAGAGGUUGGGCCGUCCUGCCGACCAAAGGAAAGCGCUGAUGCGGGGUCUGGUCACCGAAGUGCUGCGUCAUGGGAAAAUCACGACCACGAAGGUUCGCGCAAAGGCAAUGCGUCCAUAUGUGGACAAGAUGAUAACUCUUGCCAAGCGUGGCGACCUUCAUGCCAGACGACAGGCACUUGCCUAUAUUUAUGAUAGGGACCUUGUGAGGAACCUAUUCAACAAAGUGCCAGAGAGAUAUGGGGACAGGAAUGGUGGUUAUUGCCGGGUCACCCCUGAGUACAAGAGGAGGCAAGGCGAUGGAACAGAGUUGUACAGCAUUGAGCUUGUUUAG